AUGGUAAAUAUACAUGAUAUAUCCAAUAAUGAUUCUUCUCUAAUAUGCAAAGAACUUCUCGCAAACUCGCUUGCACCAACUGUUUCGAUCAUUUCAUCACAUUCCGCGGAUGAGUUUGUGUCUUCAAAUUAUGGCUAUGAUUCAUUUUAUCACCUUAUCCGCCCCUUUGGAGCAAAUCUUAAAUCCAAUUUCAAUAUCAAAAACACUCAACUCAUAACUAAUACUUAUAAAUCGUUUUCCAUAAGAUUUUCUCGCAGUGUGAUGGACGUAAUAACUACUCAAACUCAAAAACAACAGCAAUAUGCCGCUUCGGGAAACAAUAGUCUAGAAUUGUUCAGACCAGGGGAUCUAAAUCAAAUCAUGACCGAAUAUGUGAAAUUAUACAAUGGGGAAAUUAGAAAACUUAUAAGUGAGGUGAAACCAGGAAAAGAAAAUGAUGAUCAAAAUAGGAAAAUCAAUGCCAAGACUAAAUUGUUAAAAAAAUCAUUAUACUUGAAACUCAUAUCAAAGGUUUAUUCAAACCAUUGCCUUUUACCAUUUGAAUGCUUUAAUCAUCCGAUUAUUCAUUUCAUUGUUCUCACCUCUAGUGACUCGGUAGAAACAAUAAAUCAAAUUCUUGCUCAAAAUAAUUUAAAUAGGAAGAAACAUUUGUUACUUAGUCCCGAUCUUCGGGCUAAUGAUUCCCAAGCAAUUCCUCCGGAUCCAAAGGUAGAAAUCCCUUCUUUUUUGGACUUGCAAAGUGAUGAUGAUUCUUUGAUUUGCUUUUUGGUAUUGGUGGAUAAAUCAAAGGAAGGUGAUGAAGCUCAGUGCGAUGAAAUCAAAUCAUAUGUGAAGAAGAAUUUCUACUAUCCAUGUUUAACUUUGAAACUAAAGGACCAAAAGGAUUCUGCCCCAUUCACCGGAAUGUAUCAUAAUACUGACUCUUGUGAUAUUAAUUAUGAAGAGUUACUUCAACCGGGAAUUUUCAAAUCAAUCAGUGAAGAACUCAUGGAGUUUCAGUAUGGCAGACCCAAAGAUGACAAAAACAAAAUGAUACCAUUUAGUACGAACGAUCAUAACAACAUAAUCAAUAUGUUAAUUGAAUUAGUGAAAUUGAAUCUCAUACCAUUUAUGGAAAAGAAGAUUACAUAUUGGGAUGAUAUACAUGUUCAACCACGGAAAUCCAUUACCAAUAGAUUUUUUUCCGCCUCAAGAAGAUAUUUUUCUAAUCCGAGCAGUACAGUUAACACCCCUUCAAAAACAUCCUUCUUUGGUUCAAAUGCCCAUAAGCCACAUGAAUUGACCACUACUGUUGGGGUUGUUGAUGCCCGUACUGGCUAUUACAGUAGUAAUUCCAGUGAGGCAGUUACCAGAAAAUUAGCUGACUGGGCAUUUAUGUUGCGUGAUUACAAAUAUGCCCACUCAACAUAUGACCUUCUUAAAAAAGAUUUCAACAAUGAGAAAUCAUGGACUUAUUAUGCCUCAUGUCAGGAAAUGCUUGUGAUCUCACUCCUUUUUGAUUUAAUCCAACAAGAAACUUCAUCUUCUGAUGCCUACUACAAUUCGAUCCGUGGUAAAUUGGAUACCAUUUUCCAAACUAUUGACUCGGUAAACUACACGUUCUUGUCGCGCUCUAAUUUGAAAUCGUUUGUGUUACGUUUUCAAAUGACCAUCUCUGAACUCUUUAAUUGUUUGAAGAUCAACACAUUACUGGAAAUUUCACACUCCGGUGCUGGAUCGUUGUUAUCUACGAGUAAUAACAUAUAUUCUAUUAAACAUUUGAAUGAAAUCAUAUCCUUGAAGCUUUUAACAUACAAUAUUGUUGAUAAUUUAUCAUCACCUAAAAAGCAGGUAUUAGAGGAAAGGUCAUAUCACUUGCUCAAGGCCUUAAUAAUGGAACGUAUUAGCUACAGUUAUUCCGUAUUCCUUUUCAAUCAUUCAAAGUACCUGUUAUUGGAAACUAGAAACCUCAUCACCAACCUUGAAGACGUUACGGCCUCCGUCAACGGUUCACGAGGAGUCAAAAACUCAGAGAAGACUUUCAGCGUGUUCAAGAAGAAUCAAGACAAUGAUGACCCAAUUCUUCUCACAAACCCAUAUAAGCUACAAAAAGCAAAUUUGGCAGUUAUGGGUCUCACACGCUAUCGUAAAGCAGGAUUAUGGCUUUUGCUAUCUUCGAACCAAUGGGAGCACAUGAAUGACAUAGUUCAACUUAAAUUAAGUCUUGACAAAUGCUUGGAGAUGGUUUACGGGUUUGAUAGAGAAAGUGAUGGGGCUCCUGAAGAUGGGGCUUGGCUACGUCGUGCAGAUGGGUUAUUGGGUCGUUUUAUAGAAUUAUGUGAAAAUAAGUUGAAUAUUUUUGAUGAAAAACUGCCAGAGAUAGUCACAUCUAAUAACUAG